CCUUACUAAGCAACGUCAUUAAUUAAACUCCUUACAUUUUAUUUUCAUAAAUUUGUAUUUUAAUUUCAUUUAAUUUAGAGCGAUAGAAAAUGUUACGAUGAAACAUUAUAAUGGACCGUGGUACACAAAUAUUGUGCCUCAUGAAUUCUGCCGAUUAACAAACAAGCAUGUGACUUGACUGCAUUCAAAUGUAUUCUUAAUUGUUAUUAUUAUUUUUUUAUUAUGUAAUCCCCAUAAUUUGCCAAGGAAAAAGUGCUGUGACCCAUUGGGUACAACCGUUUUUUUUGCAGUUGAUUGUGCGUGAUUGAGUGCAACUCUGCUUAGUAACAGGUGACCUCAAAUGAUGGACCUAUUCGUAAAUAGAUUUUUUCCGACUUUGGUGGGUUGAGCCCCAUGAAUUCUGACUGAUCGUGACAAAAUUAAAUUUAUAAUUUUUUACAGAUUGGGAGUCAGACUGGUUAGCACAACAGCCUCACAGUUCUGAGGAUGGGGGUUCAAAUCCCAACCUCGCCUGUGAAGAGUUUGCAUGUUCUCCCCGUGCCUGCGUGGGUUUUCUCCAGGUACGUUCCUCACACAUCCCAAAAACAUGCAUGGUAGGUUAAUUGAAGACUCUAAAUUUCCCGUAGGUGUGAAUGUGAGUGCAAAUGGUUGGUUGUUUAAGUGUGCCCUAUGAUUGGCUGGCAGCCAGUUCAGGGUGUACCCCGCCUCUCGCCCGAAGUUAGCUGGGAUAGGCUCUAGCACUCCCGUGACCCUUGUGAGGAUAAGCGGUACAGAAAAUGGAUGGAUGGAUGGGAGUCAGGCUUCCUGUUCCUGUGCCGGCUCUCCUUGUUCUUUGCUAGCCAUGUGGGAAAAGUGUAACCUUCCUUGCAUCGUCAAAGAGAGCAGGACAUUUUCAACUCUUUAGAUUGGUCAAUAACUUGGAAAAAUAACAGACCCACGUGGGGACUGACAAAUGGCACAGAUUUGUACAAAUAAAUAAAUAAUGAAAUUGGCCAUAUUUGAACGAAGGUUUCUUGCCGACGGUGACAAUAUGCUUCUCACAAAAAGUUGGGGAUAUGCGGAAUUUUCCAGAAUGAACCUAAAAUGUGCUAUCAUCUUUACAAGUAAACUUAAUUUGACCUUCUGUUUACACUGUUGACUGCACAUGUCGAACGGUUUAAUGUUUCAGUACUUUUUGUAGAACUUCCUCUCUUUCUCUCUCUCCCCCUCUCUUUUUCCCUCUCUCUCUCUCUCUCUCUAUUUCUGUCUAACAAGCAUGAAUGGCAAAAUAUACAAGCGUUUGAUCCAGGAUAAUGUCCAGUGACAUCCACUUCUGUGCCUUUCUGUGACUCUUCCAAUCUCUAUGCAUCUCGAAAUGUAGCAACAUGCCGAUGAGACUCCGUGACAUUUAAGUGCAUGUGUAUACUCUUCAUACGUUCAGCUCUGGAAAAAAAAUAACUGCAAAAUGAUUGGUUUCUCUGAUUUUGUAUAGAUAUAUGUUUGAGUAAAAUAGACACUUUUGCUCAGGAAUGGCCUCUUUUCUAUCACCAGUAGGCCUACCGCACCUAUUAUCGUGUGUGUUAUACGUGUGUGUGCGCGCGCGCGUUCCUGACAGGUGUGUCCAGGCCAGCCUAGGCUCAGUGCACAAGCGUGCACACAGCUGGAGCAAGCGUUCUCCCCAAUCUGCUUGUGUCUCUCGCACUGCCCCUCCCGAGCUCUCAGCUCCGCGCCGCCGCGAAGGUCCGCUCCAAGAAAGCAGCGGCAGACAGCGCACAGAAUCCGGACCGAUGGCACCUCUGGGAUGCGGCAGCAGUUCAGACGGCUAAGAAAAUCAAUUCAAAAAAGUGGAGCGAGCUCAGCAGGGAACGAGGAGGCAGCGACGCCUGCGUGGAGCCUGCCUGCCUGGCUGCACCGCCGCCCGCCCGGUGCUUUGUGGCGGCGUCGCCCGGUGCUGUGCUGCCGGAGCGCGGGAAUCCGGCGGCGGACAUCCGCGUGUGCCGACGCGGAGGCCGUAAGGACCCUCUGCCACUUUGAUCUGUGAGCUCAGCGAUGGCCCUGCAGUGGAAGAGCAGCUGACAACUUCCUGGUUUGAGUCAACCUGACGGCCCACAAACACACCUGAGACUUUGCCUCACUCGCACUCUCUCACCCAAGGCCAGAUGAGACGGAGAGGCAAAGAAAACACAUUUCUGAAUGGUUCCCGUUGGCUUGACAGGACCAGCUUUUUGUGAACAAGUGGCCAGCUGCCAUGAGCUUGUAAUCAAAAGGUGAGCUGACCAUGAGGCUGCUGUGGAAGUCCCUGGACAAGAUGAGGUGUCUGAGGAAGCGAUCGGCCAUCCCCUUCCUCGGCGUCCUCAUCACCCUCCUCCUCUUCCUCAACCUCUACAUUGAAGACGGAUACGUGCUGGAAGAAGAUAAGAGGCAGCUCAGGGAGACGUCGGCCCACGCCCCGAGCGCAGAAAGAUAUGUGCACACCUUCCGAGACCUCGGUAACUUCUCGGGAUCCAUCAACGUCACGUAUCGCUACCUGGCUGGGACUCCGCUCAAUCGCAAAAAGUACCUGACCAUCGGGCUGUCCUCAGUGAAGAGGAAGCGAGGUAACUACCUUAUGGAGACCAUCAAGUCCAUCUUCGACCAGUCCAGCUACGAGGAGCUGAAGGAGAUCGUGGUGGUUGUCCACCUGGCCGACUUCGACUCACUGUGGUGCGAGAACCUGCUGCAGGAAAUCAGCCGCAAGUUCUCGCACCACAUCAUCGCCGGUCGCUUACUGGUGAUCCAGGCUCCCGAGGAGUACUACCCGUCCCUGGACGGCCUGAAGAGGAACUACAACGACCCAGAGGACCGGGUGCGCUUCCGCUCCAAGCAGAACGUGGACUACGCUUUCCUGCUCAACUUCUGUACCAACCUCUCAGACUUCUACAUGAUGCUGGAGGACGACGUGCGUUGCUCUCGUAACUUCCUGACGGCGCUGAAGAAGGUGAUCGCCUCCCGGGAGGGCUCCUACUGGGUGAUGCUGGAGUUCUCCAAGCUGGGCUACAUCGGGAAGCUCUACCACGCGCGGGACUUGCCGCGCCUGGCGCACUUCCUGCUCAUGUUCUACCAGGAGAUGCCGUGCGACUGGCUGCUUAUCCACUUCCGCGGCCUGUUGGCCCAGAAGGACGUGAUUCGCUUCAAGCCGUCGCUCUUCCAGCACAUGGGCUACUACUCGUCCUACAAGGGUGCCGAGAACAAGCUGAAGGAUGACGACUUCGAGGAGGACGCGGUAGACAUUCCCGAUAACCCACCGGCCCGCCUCUACACCAACAUCGAUGUCUUUGAGAGCUAUGAUGCCGCCAAGGCCUACAGCGCCGUGGAUGAGUACUUCUGGGGCAAGCCCCCAUCAACUGGGGACUUCUUCGUGGUGGUCUUCAACAAGUCUGCCAAGAUAAGCAGGAUCAAGAUCGCCACUGGAUCUGACGACCGACGAAACGACAUCCUGCAGCGUGGAGCUCUGGAAGUCGGUGAGAAACUGGUGGGCACCAAGAAAGGAAAGCAGUGUUCCUCGUACAUCACCGUGGGGGAGUUUAAGAAUGGCAAUAUCGAGGUCAGGGACGUCGACCACAAGAUCAGUUUUGACGUGGAGUGUGUGCGUAUCGUGGUGACGGCCAGUCAGAAGGAGUGGCUCAUAAUCAGAAGUAUAAGUUUAUGGACGACACCUCCGCCCAGCCAAUGAAGAUAGCGCGCAGACUCUUAGUAUAUCAUAGGCAAAAUAUUCUAUGAUAUAUACACAUAUUUCCACUCCAAUAUAAGCAUUUUGUAUGUAUUUAUUUAUUUGGAUUGCGAAAUGUUUUUUUAUACCUGCAAGUCUCAGAUCAUCCUCCCGGUCUUGUGUUUGUUGUUAGCACGACGGUAAUGGAGAGUGGAAUGACGAGCACAAAGCAAUCGUAGCGUGGUUUUAAAGUUGUGAUUCUUACACUUUAUUGUCAAUAAAGCCCACAAAGACCAUUACCGUCAAUCAGUAAAUGCUAUGAAGCGGUACAAUGUUUUUUUUUUCAACGUACAAAACCAGUCAGCAGAAGCUAACUUUAGCAGUCUACAACUUUGCUGUGCGCCCCUUCUGGUAAAACAUAACAGGUGGACACACAAGAUCCAAAUCAAAAGCUUUUGUUUCCAAAAAAAACGUGUACCGUGUGAGAACCGAUACCUGGUACCGGUCCGCAGCCCGGUGGUUGAGGACCACUGUAUUAGAGCACCUGUUGUAAAAACAAGAAAAAAAAGCAGACAGCAUCACUGUGCGCAUCAUUAUGUGGCCCUUCCCUUUCAUGGCGAAUCCUCAAAAUGAUCGUCAAACUUUGCUGCUGUGCUUCACUCACGUUAGAUGACGUUGGGAAAAAUAGCUUGGCCAUUCAGCGUUACCCAUCUGUCUCGGAUAUCUGCCUCGAACUAAGGCUCAUUUGAAUCAAUUCCUUAGUCAGAACUCAUCAGAGUACAAGGCCUGUAAUUUUUUUGAACUUUGCAGACCCCUUUUUCAUGGAAUUAGCCCCAAAAUGGCUGCUUCAAAUCAAAAUGGCCGACUUCUUGCUCCAAUUCAAGCAUGCAUCCUUGUUACGAGAGACAUUUCCAUCUAAUUUCGUGUCAACUGGUGAAACUGUGUCGGGGCUAAUUUUUUUCAAACUUUCCAGUUCGCUUUUUUAUGGAAUUUGCCCUCAAAAUGGCUAUUCCAAAAUAAAAUGGCAACUUCCUGCUCAAGGUCAAGCAUGGGUCCUUAAGACUGUCCAACCAAUUCUGCGUCAAUCUGUGAAACUAGUGUUUGGGGGCAGAUUUUUUUUGUGUUUUGCACUUUCAAAACUUGGUGAGUUUUGGGGAAUGCUGAGGCCCCCCAAAAAGGCACUCAAUAGGUAUUCAAUUCAAUUUUGCAAGGUACUGAAUUUUAUUCCAGUGCAUUAUUACAUUUACCGUAUGUAUUUCUGUAUAUAUCUUGUAAUAAAAGGGUCAGGGCGUAGUACUUAUUAGGAAGUGUAGUCUAGUACAACAGACGAAUUUAAGGUGGAGGUGGGACUGCAUCAGGGAUCAGCCCUGAGCCCCUUCCUUUUUGUAGUGGUGACGGAUAGGCUGACAGAUGAGGUUAGACUGGAAUGCCCGUGGACCGUAAUGUUUGCAGAUGACAUUGUGAUCUGCAGUGAAAGCAGGGAGCAGGUGGAGGAACAGUUAGAAAGAUGGAGGGAUACACUGGAAAGAGGAGGAAUGAAGAUUAGCCAAAGUAAGACAGAAUAUAUGUGCAUGAAUGAGAGGGGUGGUGGGGUAAGAAUGAGGCUACAGGGAGAAGAGAUAGCAAGGGUGGAGGACUUUAAAUACUCGGGGUCAACCGUCCAGAGCAAUGGUGAGUGUGGUCAGGAAGUGAAGAAACGGGUCCAAGCAGGUUGGAACGGGUGGAGGAAGGUGUCAGGUGUGUUUAUGUGACAGAAGAGUCUCUGCUAGGAUGAAGGGCAAAGUUUAUAAAACAGUGGUGAGGCCAGCCAUGAUGUACGGAUUAGAGACAGUGGCACUGAAGAGACAACAGGAAGCAGAGCUGGAGGUGGCGGAAAUGAAGAUGUUGAGGUUCGCUCUCGGAGUGACCAGGUUGGAUCAAAUUAGAAAUGAGCUCAUCAGAGGGACAGCCAAGGUUCGAUGUUUUGGAGACAAAGUUAGAGAGAGCAGACUUCGAUGGUUUAGACACGUCCUGAGGAGAAAUAGUGACUAUAUUGGUCGAAGGAUGAUGAGGAUGGAGCUGCCAGGCAAGAGAGCUAGAGGAAGAACAAAGAGAAGGUUGAUGGAUGUCGUGAGGGAAGACAUGAGGGGCAGUUGGUGUUCGAGAGGAGGAUGCAGGAGAUAGGCUUACAUGGAAAAGGAUGACGCGCUGUGGUGACCCCUAACGGGACAAGCCGAAAGGAAAAGAAGUCUAGUACAACAGGCUCUCCUUGAGAACCGCGUUCAAUUACUUGAAGUAAUUGUGUCUUUCGCAGCCUUUCAAGACAGAUAACAAGGCGGCAAAGUGUCGCUCUGGGAAUCCCAAUAGCGGUUGUCCCCGUUUGGCCCUUAAUGAGCUCACUCCGCUAAGCCACCAGGAGAAGCGCCAUCGUGAGGUGCUCGACGCUUUGGAUAUUCACUUUCAAGGCGUUUUUCUCCCCUUGUGUCACCGCGUCUGCUUUGUGUUGUGUCAUAGUGGCUGACAGAAGAACACUUGUUUGUUUUACGAUGUGGAGAUGAGAUUUCUCAGUGAAGAAUGAGCCAGUAGUGCUGCUUUUUUCCUCCCCCCCUUCUUUUCUCUUUUUUUCUUGAUACAAGCACAGUGGCACAACUUUUCCCUCUUCUCUCUCUUGACAAAAACAAAAAAGACCCUAAAAAGCCAAUUUAAAACAAAAUGGCAGACUUUCUGUGUCUUUUCGGGCAUGGCUUCUUGAGACAUUUUUGUGUGUCUACACUUGAUAGAAAUGCCUACCAAAUUUCAUGUUGCAAAGUGAAACUGCCUUCAGGGGCUGAUAUUUUCAAAACUACUGAACCAAUUGCGAUCCAUUAUGCUUUGUCGCCAUGCUCCGCCCAAUCAGAUCCGUCACCAUUUAAAGUUGCCCAUCUGUCUAGCAUGCUACGUGCUUCAAAUUUGGUAGCAAUUGGACAAAAUCUCUAGCACAAGUUCAUCUUUGAAGGAGCCAUAGAAAUGGCAAGAAAAUGGCCAAGUCAAAACAAAAUAGCAGACUUCCUGAGUCUUUGCGGGCAUGGCUUCUUGAGACUUUUUUGUGGACCUACUCAUGAUAGACAGACUAUUAAAAAAACACUACUGCACUACUGAACCAUCAAACUUCCGCUGCCAUGCUGCGCUCACUCAAGGAAAAAAAAAAAUCAAAUGUUUCACAAUUUAGCUUCACUCAUUUGUCUAGUAUAAAUGCUUCAAAUUUGGAAGCAAUCCAACAAAAUCUCUUGGACUUUGUAAGACCCCUGUAAAGGUCCAAAAUGACCCGAGCCUGUUAUUAGCGUCGGUGGCAGUCUGGACUCACGAUGUUGGUCAUGUGAUGCAUGUUACACGUGCAUGAAGUCAUCGUGAAAUCUUUUCCCGGGUCGUGUUUCCGUAGAAGAUGACGUCACAUCAUACUUUGUCUUUACUUCUGUCCUCCUCGUUGCUGCUGUACUGUAAGAUGACGCAUAUAUUUUUGUACUGCUAUGCUAUCGACACGUAUGAUGAUAUUGUGUAUCAAAAAGGAGACGGAUUAAACCCAUGAAUGGGCA